AUGACUCCUCGUCGUUCUUCUCGUGCUCGCACCUCCCAACCCUCGCCCGCCGUUUUUCAACACACUAAUUCGUCUAGCUCCUCCAACUCCCUCACUCGAGAAAGGAGCACUAGAUCGAACCACAAAAUCCCUUCUCCUAACCGGUCCCAGUCCAUCGACGAUGCGGACGAGGGCUCCAAGAAUGACUUCCCACAAACGCGCCAGCGCCAGCGCACCAGGGGCGAGGAGGACAAUGUGAUAAACGGUGAUGGGGAGGAAGAGGAGCCGGAAGAAGAUGACGAGGAAGAGGUGACCCGUUGUCUUUGCGGCCAGCAGGAAUAUCCAGGUCUCCCCCCUUCUCGUCGAGAAGCUCUUGGUCGCAACGGGGUUCAUGGUAAACUCAAGGAGGAGUCUGCUCUGAACUUGCCCGCAGACUCGUCGGAUUUAAUGUCCGAUGAGAUCGGCAGCAUGUUCAUCCAGUGUGAUUCCUGCAAAGUAUGGCAGCACGGUGGCUGCGUGGGAAUCAUGGAUGAAGCGAUGAGUCCCGACGAAUAUUUCUGUGAGGAGUGUCGGAAAGACCUCCACAGAAUAAAAAACGAAUCCAAUGGGCAACAUUCGUCCACGUACCUCCCCGUUGCUCCCCCCUCGACCGCAGCAUCCUCUCGUGAAUCCUCCCGAGAUAAUUCGAAGCGUUCCAAGGACCCAAAAUCUCGCGGGGGUGACUCGGCUGCCAAUCCCAAACGUCGCUCGACCAUGAACAGUCGUGACGCAGCAUACGACGAAGAGGAGCUAAUCCGUCGUGCAAUCGAGGAGAGCAAGGAAGACACUUCCAGUCCAGCUGCGGAAGAUGCGACCGUUCGAAGGCCCAAAAGGAGUCGCAGCGACAGCGAAGCUCAGAAGCAGGCCCCCAAACGACAGCGUACAAGCUCUCCUUCCCCCGGUGCCGCCUCGAAACAGAGCGUUCCCCCUUCCCAGCCCGCUUCGGACGACGAGAAAACAAAGGCAGCCACAAAUGGGAUCCGGAGACAGAGAGCUGUAUCUCGCAGCCAGCGUGACAAGGAGACGAAGGAGGUCGAAGAACCUGAGGCGGAAAGUUCGGAGGCGACAACUCGACGGAAAGGGAAGACCGACAAGAGGAAAAGCGAUGGCACUGAUUCCGACCACGAAACGGGAUCACCAGCCAAACCGGUUGCCAACGACCCUGUACCUCCGCAGCCCAGUCCAGACCCUCCUGCCCCCGUUCAAGAACCUGCGCCACCCCGCCCUUCCACCCGCAAGUCUGGUCGACCUCCCGCUCGCCGAACUCGGGUGGGACGGAACCAAUAUACUAGAGAUCGCGACGCUUUUACCAGUGGGGCCGAUUCGAGCAUUAUGACAAACUCCCCGCGACGGGGCCAGUCGCAUGAUACUGGGGGAGAUUCGCCGAGAGUGGGCGGCGCCAACGGGGCGCAUAUAAACGGUGGAGAGACAGGGAAACCCAGUCGGCCUCGCUACGUGAAUCAGCGAACGACUUUGAAUGAGAUGAAGAGACGGGUCGCAGCAAUACUGGAAUUCAUAUCUCGAAUGCAGGUGGAAAUGGCUGUCGCCGGAGAGAGUUUCACCACACCCCCCGGUAACGGCGAUCGACCCAAUGGCAUUAUCCUCAAGGCCGUGGGCGAUCAACUCGAGAACGUAUUGCUAUCGACGGCAAGCGAGGGUGAGUCCGCCACCGGCACCGCUGAUAGUGACGUCGGCACCGGGCAUUCUUUGGAGAAAGAUUUCAAGGAGCUUACUAGUGUUGAGAUGAUGGAUGUUCUCACACGACAUUUGUUAAAGUGGCAGCAAGAGUAUGGUAAAUUUGGAGAACGGUGA